UCAGAUGAGCUUAAUGUCGUGACGAUAAACCACGCUCGCACGGCUUGUCUGCAAACAGAAGCCUCUUGUUAUUAGUGUUAGUGUUUAUAAUUGUGAUAACCUUUAGUGUCGAAUAAUAAGCAAUCAGUCGCUUGGUCAGUCUCGCGUCUGACAGUACGCUCGUUUAUUUAUAAGCGACAUUACAACACAAAUGGAUGUCAUGUGCAAAAACAUUAUCUUCGUAAGUUCUCUCGCGGUGUUGUCAAGUGUCCUCGCUAAAGAUAUUUGCAGAAACGAUGCUAGGUGCAUGCCCCUGGAAGAAUGCACCGAUCUGUAUAACAGGUUACAGAGUGAUCCUGAUGCAUUCAUAAUAAACCUUUUAAAAAAAUUACAUUGUGGCUUUGACGCCGCCAAAAAACCACAGGUAUGCUGUCCACCGCAUUUUAGAAGCGAAGAGACAAUGUCCAGACUCCCUGAAGUCAAUUUUAAUCCUAUGGAAUUAAUACCCGAUUGGAAAACUUGUGGUAUUCAAAAUAACGAUCGGAUUGUUGGAGGGACUGAAACGGAACUUGACGAGCAUCCGUGGAUGGCAUUGUUGCGAUACGACAAACCUAAGGGAAGCGGUUUCUACUGUGGUGGCGUAUUGAUAUCUUCGAAAUAUGUUUUGACGGCCGCACAUUGCAUUAAAGGUGCUGAUCUUCCGAAAAACUGGAAACUAUCUCAAGUUAGACUCGGCGAGUGGAACGUGACCAGCAAGAAAGACUGUUAUUUAGACGAUUGCAGCCCGCCAGUUCUUGAUAUUCCUGUAGAAGAGGUUAUUGCCCACGAAGGCUACUCCGCCGAUGAUAAUCACCAGCAAAACGAUAUCGCUUUGCUUAGAUUAUCCACAAAAGUUGAGUUCAAUGAUUUCGUUAAGCCCAUAUGUCUUCCUAUUACUCCAGAAUUGCGUAAUAAUUUAUUUGAUGGAUACUAUAUGGAGGUGGCGGGAUGGGGUAAAACGGAAACUAGGUCAACUUCGAAUAUUAAAUUGAAAGUGCGCGUGCCAGUAAUAAAUCGUACGGACUGUCAGAAUAUCUACAACAGAGCAGGACGUACGAUCACUGAAAAUCAACUUUGCGCCGGUGGUCUGCAAGGUCAAGAUUCUUGUCGUGGAGACUCCGGUGGUCCACUUAUGGGGCAAUUGUCUUCAAUGGAGAAUUGGAUGGCAGUAGGCGUCGUAUCCUACGGUCCAUCGCCUUGUGGUACCCAGGGCUGGCCCGGCGUCUACACGCGAGUCUCCGCUUACGUCGACUGGAUACUUGCCAAUAUCCGACCAUAGUUUAUUAUUUUUUUAAUAAUACGAACUUGAAUUUGAUUUAAAUCGUUCGUUGAAUGGCCUUCUUCUAAAAAUAAUCUAGGUCUUAAACUUUACUUAAAUGAGAAAAUCAAUCCAUGUUCCUUUCUUUUAAAUAAUUUAGUAUUUACGUACAAAAAUAUGACAAUAAUUAAAAAUACAUAAUCUUUAUUGAAUUUUGUAGUCGGUCAUUUCCGACUGAAGAUACAAAAAUACAUUCAAUUAAUAUUAAAAAUCUAUAUUUUAAUACGCCAUAAUGUGAUAUUUAUUUAGAACUGAUCAAUAGUUAUUAUAUUUUGUGGAAAGAUUCAUAUAUUUUUGAUCAAACAUAUGAAAAUACUCACCGCCAUGUGCCAUGACAUGUAUAAAUAAAUUUUAUGAAACAAAUACUAAUUUUAAUAUAACUGUAAUCAUUUCCUUUGGCUAUUUAAAUUUAUGUAAUAAUAUUUGACAUUUUAUUUUUUAUGUAUAAUUUGUCUCUACAAUUAUAUACAUCAAAAAAUAUGUAAGAUGUUUGAGCUAAACAUGGAUAUUACAAAUGAAUUCACUAGCAUUCACUAGUUAAAUGUAAUCGUCAUAGAAAUUUUGAGAAAAAAAUCACAACUUAGUAUGAUUCGAUUUUUUUUUUUUUUCGGAAUGAAAUAUUUUGCAGAGAAAUGCUGAGCUAUUUAGCUUAUAAACAUUAUAUCGAAUAUUUGGUUUGAAAUUCGAUAUUUCUACAUUGGCGGGCUUUUAUCUCAAACAAAGUGUACGCGAUAAAGAACAACACCGCUAGCAUUACAUUAGCUGGCUAGCGUCAUACGUGAUUUAUUUAAUCGGUCAUUCUUUCAUUCAUUCGAACAUUCUUUUAAUAUCACUUUAAAUGGUACAAAGUAAUAGUAACUGUAAUACAAAAAUAUUAAUAAAUAUAAAAUAAAACACUAAUUCAUAUUCACGACAUAUAUAUAAUUUUAAUAUGUGUACGUAUGAUUUAAUGAAUAUCAGAUGCCUUUCUCUUCAAUUGCUAAGCACCAGCACCUUUCUAUCACUCGAACCGCUUAACAAUUUUCUUUUUUACCUUAAUACCUAAAUUAUAUUUUAAUAAUAAUAAAAAAUCACUAUGCGUAUAAAGGAAUACAAAAUCUUGGCACUAUAUUGUAUUGUUUGUACUCAUUUCCUAUAGGUCUUUGGAACUGAAGUUUGCUUUUAGCUUAUCGGUUUUUAUUUCUCAACAGAUAUAAAUAAUAUGUUUAUCUUGUAAAUAAUUAAACCAAAUUAGAAGACGGGUUAAAUGGCAAUAUCAAUUUCAGCUCCAGUCUAUUUGUACAAAGUACUUUAUAUUGAAAUAAAUGCCUAAUUCCGA